AUGACUACAGAGCUAAGAGUUUUCGAAAGGGUUGACGGAACAUACCUGAGUAUACAGCGCUCGGGCAAGAAACUCACUCCAGAGGUCUUUGUAACUGAUUUGAGAGACCGUCGGGUGAGCAACUCGGUGAGAAGAAACCCAAUUAUCGGAGGUGAGGCUCGAAAACUUCACAUAUUUGAGCGGACUAAAGGUCCCAGUCGUGGUGUGCAGGAGAUAGCACAGAUUGUUGCUCGAGAUUGCCUUGCUUUUAGCACUGAGCUUUGUCGGUGGUAG